GUGGAGAUGCCCUAUUCCUCAUUUGUAAAUCUGAAAUGACACUGCUGCUGUAGCCAGGCAUGCAGACCUAAGACACUCUUUGUACUCAUUCCAGUACUCUCUUUGUCAUAUUUCUGUUUCUAAGCACACUUAUUAUGAAAACUGCAUUGCAGUCUUAGAACGUAGAUGUUCAUUGCUGGGCAGUUCCUACUGGCAGAGGAACAUAAAGGAUCCUUAGCUAAAUCUAAUCUAAUCAAGUUUCACCCAGGUACUUUAAAUCAGAUUUUUUAAAAAUUGUUCGACUAAAGUAUUUCUGUUCCCAGAACUCAGACUGCUAUAUGCUGGGGAAACACUGAUCUCGGUACUCCUGUGAAGACAAAGAAUUUGUUGCUGAGAUGCCCUGAUAAUCCUGGCCCACAGAGCAGAAUCUCUGUCCACUGCCACCAAGAUUCUGGCAUUCUCAGAGGAAAACGCUCUUCUCACCCUAAAGGUUUUUCCUCAGAUGUCUUAGUAAAACAUUAGUCCUGCCAAAAGAAAAUUAAUUUCAUUUCUAAAUCUCCAAGCAACAUCCUUCUUAUGCUUUUACCAACAUAAAGACAGAAAACACCCUGCUGUUAUCUUCUCCAUGUGUAAGGACAUAAACACAGUAAUCAAGUCACCUCAUGCCUCUCUGAUUAAAUGUGAAUGCUAAAUUGAACAGGAUGAUACCUGGACAACAUUUUGACCAGAGUCUGACGCUAGCUGUGCCUGGGAUGGGGGUAUUGGUAACUGUAAGUACAGCGAUUUGGGGACUGAAGGUAUUGCCUGUCUGGCAAAUCUACUCCUCUAUUUGUGAUUUAGAGGGCUGGAGCUGAUGGUUUAAUAAGAACGUCCCAUCCACAAGAGCUGACUGGAGAUGUACCACAGAAACAAGUUUCUGUCAGAAGAUGCUUUUUCAAAACUUAAAUGCUUUGUAAGUAUGUUUUAGCUGAAAAAAAAAAAAAAAAUCCACUGACUUUUGAGACCAGCUUCCUAGCAGGGCUGUUGAGGAACCAAUGCCCCAAACAUAUGCAUUAAGAAGACUGCUCAGAUCUGCUGACUCCAGAACUUCCUGACUGCUCCCAGCUGCCUGAUGGUCUCUGCAGGUAAGAGAACUUCCCAUUGGUAUUAAGGGAUUGGCUCAAGAUUUGUGGAUAAACUCCACUGGAAAAUAACAAUCAGUACAAACCCCACCUUGUGCUUCAAGGGCAAGACCAAUUUUUAACCUUGCUUCUUCACAAUACAUAGAUAGCAAUUUAGCUAUCCAUGCAAUUUAAUUAAAAAAAAAUCCUGCCGAAACAAGCCAAUUCACUUCACACACUUUGUGCCUUGCGGAAGAGAUAAACUCUAUGUGACAGAUAGUAGUCACAAUGCUUAAUGUGCUCCAAAUAUUUUAUGUUAAAAAGAAUAGAGAAAAUGUGAUUAACUGAAGAAAAAAAUGUAACAAAGUAAGAUUAAGAAGCUAUUCAGUAUUACUGAAGCCUUCAACCACAUGAUGAAAACAUCCUUUUUUUUUUUUUAAUUUAGAAGGCAUGCUUGGCUUCAGCAGCUUAUGAAGAAAGCAUUGUAGGGAGCCAGCAACAGACUACUUAACAACUUCAGUGUUCUGUUUCACUUUCCUAAAGACAUGUUUAAAAACGCAGUUCCCAUUCCAUCAAUGCCCACUUUAAUUUAUAGGUCAGUACAUUAAUUUUUUAAACUCAAGUGUUGUACCGUAAGAGAUCUUAAAGAGUUACUGCACCCAGGAAAUGCCAAGCAGCUAGUGUGAAGUAAAUGUAAUUCCUUAUGAGGUUCAUUGUGACUGAUGCAAUAGCAGUUCCCAAAUCUAUGGCAUUAAUAUUUGACUAUGCUAGAAAUAGCGUAAUGAAGAAGACGACCCGUUGGCUUGUCUAGAGAAAUCAGGGGGCACAGUCUGGUUUGUGAUGGUUGGAGAGUCUCAAAAAAGAAAAUAACCAAGGGUUAGGUGACAGACAGGGCAUUGACUGCACAGUCUCAUGCAUUUGGCCGUUACUGCAUAUGCAUUACAAGACUCAGUAAGAGGCUUCUGCAUGGAGCAGUUCCUGCUGUAUCUAAACUUGAGCUACACAUGCAAGCCUUCUAUGCUGUCCAGAUUAAUGUCAGACUGGAGGGAGAACUACCUGCUAAGAAUUAGUUCCAGCUCAUAAUUACAUAUUAUGAGGAUUUUCACAUUGGAGAUACGUGGCAAAUGCAGAUUUAUUAAAUUGCAGUCAUACAAAGUUCCAAAGCGUAAGUCUAUCCUAUCAUUUCUAGGUAGCUGAGAAAUUCAGUAUGGCAACUGCUGUAUCACAAGUGAAAUGUGACUCAUUCACUCAGUGCUAAGAUGAAAUACAUUCAGAUGCGAGGCUAUUUUUAAUAUCAAAUUCUUAGCUGUUCCUUGAGUUAAUUUGCUUAUAUGAUUUUGUAUAUGUGAAAGUGUUUCAUCUGUUUAACCUUCUCUUUUCCCAUCUAUGUUUUCAAAGAGCCAUGCUUCAAAGUGUGAGAGGAUUUUUUAAAAUUCAAUUCAAUAUGUGGAUCAUUUCAAGUCAGAGACAGACAAGUUCUAAGGCUAACCCCACUUAAAGGAGAAAUCUGGCUGAUUUCAUGGACUUUGGAUUAGGCAUUUUGUUUGAGCAAAUCUGGGGCUAAGCUACAGACAGCUAUCGCUUUGUUAAACAAGCAACUCUGGUAUUAAUGAAGGCAUUUAAAACACUCUCCAGCAUUCUUUAGAUUCCUGGGAAGUCCUAGUGCAUUGCUUAAAACUAAAAAUACACAGGAACUGUCUUUACAGGGAUCUUUGCUUUGGAUGAGGGACUAUUAGUUGCCCAGUCAUUGUUUACUGGCCCGCUACAGUAAAUUGCCUGUUGAUCUUUGAAUUUAAUUAAUCUUUGGUUCUGAUGCCUGCUCAGAAAAACAAUAUUGACGUGGUCUUAGAUUGGCAAAGACAACAUCUUUACAAAGCCAUAGAUGUGUUCUGCACAUAAGGUGCAUGACGUCUCAAACUCCCUUAGAAAUCCAAAUAAGAAGGAAAAUAUAUUCCAUUUUAAAUAUAACUGCUACAGAUGUAGCUAUAAUGCUGUAAGCCCCAGUCUCUGUCCCCACUGCAAAUCUGGAACAAGUGCACUGACAUCUAAAACUCUUCUCAAAUUACAGCAGGGUAAUUAAUAUCAAAAAGCACAUCUAUACACAGUUACUAAUACAUUUUUCCUGAGAUAUUAAGACAAAAUUCAGGAGAUGUCCACACUCUCAUGGAAUAAGACUGAGGUAACAGCUGCAUUCCACUGAAGUCACCCCAAAGAAGCCAGCUUUCAUUUCCCAAAGAACUGAAAGCAAGAUUCUUCUUGUGUAUUUUCUGAUCCAUCAUAUCAAGUUGAAUGGGGUGGGGAAAAAAAGGUCUGUAAGAUGACCAUUUUUUGUUAAAUUCUGAUGCGUAAUAAGUCAUGUUGAUAGAGAACAAUUGACUUCACCACUUUUUAGUUUUAUAUGGUAUUUCCAUCAUCUGUUCAGACAUAAAAUGCAUUUUGUCUUAAGGAAAUUUUACAGGCCACAUGAGGAUCCACAUUACCUAUAAGCAUAACUGAUCCACUUUUAAGUGCAGUGUUCUUAGGAGUAUCCCCAAAAUGUAUUCUGUCUCAGACUGUGGCAGAGAGCUGCUAAAAUGCCAGUGUCCUACCAAGAAAGGUGUUCUCAAGCCAUGGUGACAGGUUGUUGGUUUUUGUUGCUACUUACUGCUGAAGACAAAUUUUAACUUAAACAUUUUGAUGGCAGUGAUGAGAAGGACGUAAAAAGGUGGUUUUGUGUUCAUGACACUGGUAGUAAAUAGGAAAGCAGAAAAACAUUGACUUCACUUGGUUGAAACAUUCCUUGUAGUAACAAUAAAAGAAUUCUGAACUGCUUCAAUACUGUGAGCAAUCUGUACUCCAGUUUUAGUCCUACGUAUUGUCAUCAGGAUCACUAAGAUUAUCAAAGAAUCACUAGCUCUUUAUCUGUGCCCCCUGCAUGAUCUGGUUUUAGUAGUACUGUGUGGAAGAAUAUCUUGAAUAGACAGAUGGGUUAAAGAGAGGGAGUCCUAUUCCUAGUUACAAUAGCAUAAUGCUUUUUGAAGCACACAGCAGCAACAUAACUAUGUUUUAACAUCUAAUGCUAUGCACCCCAUAUUCUAAUGUACUGCUUAGAGAAGCCUAUGCCAAGAAAAUAUGGAAUUGUGAGCCAAAAACUGUAUAGUGUCAUUCAGACUAAGAACCCAUGGUAUAAACUUAUUUAAAUAUAAUCCACUAUAUUUUUUUCAUUGCUUUUCUUCCUUAGCUUAAUAAAUUACCUACCUCUCUGCAUUUACUCCACAGUGCUUGCUUAAUAGAGGAUACACAAGCUUCUUUUUGUUAAGCAGAGAAAAAUCUCAUUUUCUCUAUGCUGUGUUACAUAAAAUUCAACAUAAUCUCUUUAGAGAACGGAAAAAUAGCAAUUUCUGGGAGUCGAGCAUGGAUAUACGGAGGUCAGCAAAUAACUAUCAGAGUUUUAAAAUGCAUCCAAAAUGCAGAUCUCUGACAUCAGUAAAAAAAAACGAAAACAACACAUCACCUAAAUUACCUCACAGCUAUUUGCAUAAAGGGUCCAGAGGCAGUACAGUAUAAGUACGGAGGCACAAGCUAUCCAAAGAGAACUUAGCAACAGUUCUAUUGGAUACUGUGUGUGUCUGUAGCAGAAAAAGGGCAACUUUGAAGCUCAGAUGUGCAAACAGCUUUAAAGGACAAAACAACCUCUUGGCAGAUGCAUCAGGCAAAAAUCUGAAACUACAAACCAGGUAAUUUACCAAAUAAUUUCCUUUUUAGCUGAUUCUAACUUUCCUGCUAAAGGUUGCUCUGAGUCAAAUAGCUUAUGUGAUAGUCUUAGGGCUGUUAUCCAAGGACUUCAUCAGAAGUGAUAGAAACCUGUCAAUAAUAGAGGUAAUAAAUGCAUUCUCUAUUUUAAAAAUUUGUAGAACUUUGUAAAAUUGUGCAUUUCUUUUAUGUUCUGAAGAUAUAAUUAAGCUGAAUGACUGCUAUACUAGUAUUACAGAUGUAUUCCAUUCUACUGAAAGAACUCUGCUUACUGGAAAAUAAAUCCAUGAUAAGUGCAUUAGGAAUUCUAGCUAGAAGAAACAGAAAAACACUUGCUAUCUGGCCAAGAGGUAAUAGAGGGUAUGAUUAUUAUUAUGUCUCUGAAAAAAAUAUGAGGUGCUUCCCCAAUGCAAGAAAUCUCCCUGACCAACGGAACAUAGCUAUUUUAUUAUAUUGACAAAUACAAAGACACACGGUGACUUUAAAAGUAUAGAAAUAGAUAUUAAAAAAUUAAUGGAUUAUUAAAGUUGGGCUUUAACUAAAGGUGGAAUGAAAGUGCUGCAAAUCCCAGUAUUAUUUAAGAUGAACCCUUAGCACAGGAAUUGCCUGGUGGAGAUUGUUAAUACAGGUAUAUGUGUAUGUACCUCAUGUGGGGCAACAGUUAACACAGAGUUCAAGAGGGAAAUUAUUUUUUGCCUCUUGGCAGAAGGCAAAGCAAAAUCACUGGCUUUCAGAACUAUCUGUGCAUCAGGAAGUUAGGUGUUUAAAAUGUUCAUUUUUGCUUCAUUUUUCUGGCAGAAUAAGUGCCUGGUUUUAAUUAUGAAGAAUUUACAGAUUCUUUGAAGAAUAUAAAAUAAACUGAGAGGUUAGUAACCGAAAUGAGGAAGGACCCUCAUAAGAGACUUCAAUCCCUACAGCAGUGCCAUAUUUCUUUUUCAGUGUCUGGAAAUACUGCUAUUAUUGCUAGGUUUGUUUGCUCCAUCCUCCUCCCCUGUUCUCUCUCCCAUGAAAGUUGCAGGAACCCGUGUCCCACAAUGCCAUCUAUCCAGCCGCCCCUGCUACUCCUCUGCCUGACCUUGUGUGGUGCUUGCCUCAACGGGGGGCAGCCUCUUCCAGAGGGAAGUGAGAACAUGGGAAGAAGUCCCCUGGAUGACAUCCUGCAGAGGUCUGAAAGCCUCAUUCUUCAGUCUGUCCUCAAGAAAGCUGAAAAGGAAGAAGAGAUGAAUAAAGAAUCAAACGCCCCUCUGCCAGAAUGGCUUUCCAAAAGACAACACCCUGGGAAAAAGUACCUAAGUGACCUGGAAAAGAGACAGCAUCCUGGAAAAAGAGAUGUUGAGGAAGACACAUCUUAUGGAGACAUUCAGAAGAGGCAGCAUCCAGGGAAAAGAGAGAUAGAAGAUGACCUUGAUGGCUAUCUAGAGCUGAAAAAGCGACAGCAUCCUGGCAGAAGGUCACUGUUGGAUCAGUAUGCUGACACCCCCAGUCCACAGCUAACCUACUUGAAAGAGUUCCCCAAAAGACAGCAUCCAGGCAGAAGGUAUCUGAUGUACAAGCACCAGCAUCCUAGCAAAAGAGGCUGGAAUGAUGAGGUAGACCUAAAUGACCAAUAUGGUGAGAAACGCCAGCACCCUGGAAAAAGGCAUGGGGAUUCUGACAGCUCAGAUGAUGCAGGCCCCUGCAACUUUCAGGAGUCCUUCACCUGUAACAAAGGCAGCUUGUUGCUUGAUUUAGUAGAUGUUAGCAAAGACAGGGUAGAAGAAAAACGUCAGCACCCAGGAAAAAGAUCAGCAUGGGAGAGUGAAACAGAGGAAUGAGAAAAUUAUUGUGUAUCAUUUGCAUUUAGUGAAGUAAACUGCCAGAUCACUAAAAAAUUCUGUUCACUCCCUUCUGGCUUCCUGCUGCUGACCUCUGCACCUAUCUUUCAGUGCAUUAAUGUUUCCAUUUAAGUUAAUGGCUUUGUCACACACUUAAAGGAACUAAAGGACCCAGCUGAAUGGGACAGGCAAGUACUGAGGGUCUUCAACUCCCUUACUUUAGGAAGUUAAAAGUGCUCAUUUCCUCAUGGGCCCAGACCCCAGAAUAAUGCCACUAUGUGUGUCCAAUUUUCUGUUCCCAAAUUACUAAACCAGGCUCUUAAAUAUCUG